GCAGGGCGAGUAGUCUGCUUUUGUCAGCCAGGGCAUUUAUGCCACAACAGCGUUUAGAAUUAUCACACGGUGGUGGUGGCAAAAAGCUGGAUGCAAAGUUUGAUAAGCGAUGAACAUUGAAAUUGGGUGAUUCCUAUAACGAGCAGAACAAGACCAGUUAAUUGGAUUGGAUGGAAAUUCAUAGACUUGUGGGAGUGUGCUGCCUAUUUCAUUCUUGUGCAAUAGUUGCUCUGGAGGGCAACUCGGUUCGAAAUGGGUCUCGAGAAUAUUUUACCUACCUAUCAUAGGUCACCGACCAAGUUACCGAUAUCUCUAAACAAAUUGUGUCGCUCCAAGGAAAGAGUUUUGCUGGGGUUUGUGUGUUUUGGACUUGUGGUGGGCUGCUUUGGAACAGUUUUCUUUCUCCCUGAGCUACGUACAGGGAUUGCUUUGCCAUCAAUCAAUAGUGUGUACAAGGUCUAUGAACAUGUGCAGAAAGUUGGGCCAGAAUUUAUAUUGCAACUACCACCAUUAGCAAAAGAUGAUGUUCAUGAAGGCAGAGCACAACAACAUCAUGGUCAAAUUGACAAACCUGAUUUUCAUUUACUUGAAGACCAGGCCAGACUAAAAGCCAAAAUUGAAACACAAGAAAGGCUAGAGCUGGAGCAAAAUCAGAUGAAAGUUCUUCCUAGGCCUGUCAUUCCAUCAAGUAAAAGUGAAGCUGGUGUUUCUGGCAGCACUACACAACCUGAUGGAGGUAUCAAGGGAGAAAGCGGUGAAAACGUUCGUUAUCAACAAAAAAAUCGGCUGCCAAAGGUUCAGGGUGGUGGCGAUCUUGAACCAGAUAUAAGGGCGAAAAGAGAAACUGUUCGACAGAUGAUGAAGCAUGCAUGGGACAACUACGCCACGUACGCCUGGGGGAAAAAUGAAUUACGGCCGAUCAGUCACAAAGGCCAUAGCGCAUCAAUUUUUGGGUCGGGCAACUACGGAGCUUCAAUUGUCGACGGUCUUGAUACCCUUUACAUCAUGGGAUUCAUGGACGAGUUUAAGCGAGGUCGAGAUUGGGUGGAAGACAACUUAAAUUUGACAGGAGUGUCGUCGGAGUUAUCCGUUUUCGAGACUAAUAUUCGGUUUGUUGGUGGCUUACUUUCGUGCUAUGCCAUAACUGGCGAUUCAAUGUUUCGGGAAAAAGCCCUACAUAUCGCCGAGAAACUACUGCCGGCAUUUAAUACGCUUACGGGUAUACCACAUGCAUUGAUUAAUAUCGGUUCCGGGACGAGUAAAAAUUACGCGUGGGCCAGUAGUGGUUCCAGUAUCCUUUCCGAAUUCGGGACAAUGAGUUUAGAGUUUAACUAUUUGUCAGAUGUGACUGGCAAUCCAGUUUUUCGGCAAAAAAUUGAGAAAAUCACACAGGUUAUCAAGAAACAGGAUAGACCGGACGGGCUAUAUCCCAAUUAUCUUAAUCCGAAAACUGGACGAUGGGGCCAACAGCAUAUUUCUAUGGGCGCAUUAGGAGAUUCGUUUUACGAAUACCUAUUGAAAUCGUGGCUACAGAGCGGUAAAACAAAUGACGAGGCCAAAGAAAUGUAUGUCGACGCCAUGGAUGCCGCAGUGGGGAAGUUGAUCCAAAAGUCAAACGGCGGCCUAACUUACUUUGCCGAAAUGAAGUUUAAUCGACUUGAACACAAAAUGGACCACCUGGCGUGUUUUACAGGCGGAAUGCUGGCCUUGGGAGGCACACAUUUAGAGGAACCGUUGAAGAGUAAACAUAAAGAAUUGGGGGUAGCCAUCACACACACCUGUCAUGAGUCUUAUGAUCGAACCAACACCAAACUUGGGCCCGAGGCUUUCCGCUUUUCCGAUGCAAUUGAAGCCAAAGCCUUGAAGUCUAAUGAAAAAUACUAUAUUUUACGACCGGAAGUUAUCGAAUCUUACUUCGUCCUUUGGAGACUAACCCAUGACGUACGUUACCGGCAAUGGGGAUGGGAAGCUGUACAGGCCCUAGAGAAGCAUUGUCGUGUUGACGGUGGAUAUACCGGCAUCAAGAACGUCUACAGUGAUGAACCCACACAAGAUGAUGUCCAGCAAAGUUUUUUUCUGGCUGAAACGUUAAAGUAUCUCUAUCUUCUCUUUAGCGACGAUGAUUUGGUUUCUCUUGACGAAUGGGUGUUCAACACGGAAGCCCACCCUCUACCAAUUAAAAAGGUUAAUCUUCUCUAUCGAGGUAUAUAGAAACGAAUGUAACAGUCUUUGUAAAUCAGAAAACUAAGAAAGAGCUAGCACCGUUUCCUAUAAUUGUUUUGAAAUGGCACGUGUGUAACACCUGAUUAACAGAACGUACCCCUAGGUGUACUCGUAAUUGUUUUCCUCCGUUCGUGGAAUGGAUUUGUUUGACCGUUCAUUUAAAUGACGCUGUUACGUUAACAAAGUCAAGUGUUGCUUAGUGUAAGGCUAUCUGCAAUUUAAAUGUUAUUUUACAUCUUCAUCCAGUUAAACAAUUAGGGUAGUUUUCCCAUUUUGCAUCAGUUGUAGCGAAAUUUGUGAAUUAUUUGGAUUGCGUCGUUUGAAAUGUUUCCAUUCACUAUAAGAACUGUUGUUAAUGACAAUUUAAGGACAUUUAAUAAUGACCAUUAUUGUUCCAACUCUAAAGCCGCCUGUACACACGACAAGAAUAGGGGGAAUCAAAGCUCCACCAUGAAUGCAGUUUUGUUUCGCACUGGAUUUCCUUUUGUAAUGUUAUCAUUCGAUAUGCAUGUGCAUCAAAUCAGAGGGUAAAUAAAAAGAAUUUUAUUAUCA